UGCUCGAGGGAAAAUCAGCCGCGGGGGACUGCGAAGAUUAUAUCAAGUGUAUUUUACAAGGAACUCAGUCCAUGAUAAUGAGGCAGCAAGGCCGUUUUGACUAAAGUGAUAGUGAAAUGGAUAUCCACCGAGUUUAAGAACAACAGCGGAUUUUGAGAGCUCGAGGACAGCUAUCAUUUGAAGUUGGAUAUCGUAAUCACUGCAAUGACUGAGUCCUCAAAACCGCCCUCAGGGAGGAGAAUGAAGGCACGUGCCCCACCUCCGCCACAGGCCCCUCUACCUGCCCCACGCCAUAUCUUCAGAAACACUGUACCUGAUGGGGGAGGGACAUCAGGCAUAGACACCAAGGAGAAUGUACUGAGACCCGCUGUGGAUUUACAGCUAACCCUACCACAGGGAUAUCAGACUUCUGUAACUGAGGAUGGCAGUAAGGCGCUGAUGGACCUGCUGGUCGAGCUGUGUAGCCGCUACCACCUGAAUCCAGCACUGCACACCCUGGAGCUGCUGUCACCCGAGGGCCACAAUUUGGGGUUCAAGCCCAACGCAUUGCUGGGCUCCCUCAACGUGGCCUGUGUCCUCAUCAAGGAGAAAGUUUUGGAGGAGAAAGUGGUACGCAGGCCGGCACCCAAAGUGCCAGAGAAAACAGUGCGUUUGAUGGUGAACUACCACGGCAGCCAGAAGGCAGUGGUACGGGUCAACCCGUUUGUGCCACUCCAGGCUCUGAUACCGGUCAUCUGCGACAAGUGUGAGUUUGACCCUGCGCAUGUCCUGCUCCUGAAGGACAGCAUCAGUCGCCACGAGUUGCCACUGAAUAAAUCUCUGACAGAUCUGGGGAUCAAGGAGCUCUAUGUACAUGAUCAGAGUCUAGUUCUUCAGCCUAAAAUGGCCUCUGCUCCUGCUCUUAACUACUCAGACUCACUUCGCUCCAGUACUACCAGUUUGGGCAGAGCGGAGAAGAAAGGACUUCUGGGUAUCUUUCAGUUCAGCAGGAGGAAAACCAAGAAAGAAACAACAUCUUUGGGCAUGGAUGACUGUGAUGAUAAAGUAACUCAAAAUACAGACACACAAUCCAAUGGUCUGUCCACUGCGUCAGGGGUCCCCAGCGUAGAGGAUCGGCCCAGCACCUUGGGCCAGUCUCAGUCGGCCAUGAACAUAAACAGGAUGUCUCCUAAGGCUGAGACCAAGAAAAGGAGGGCCCCAGCACUACCUGGGGCUCCAACCCCCACCGUUGGACACACUAGCUUUGAGGGCUAUCAGAUGGGCCUUGGCUCAGAAAGCCAGCAGAGGAAAAGAAAGGCUCCAGCCCCUCCACCCACCCCAGAUUCCAUCACCCCAGGCCUCAGCCACACUUCAACCUCUGCUGCUCCCACCCCUGAUAGCCAUGUUACUGAAACACCUACCCCAGCCUUUCGUAGCAAGGUUGCACCGUCAGACACUGUCCCUGCUACCAUUGUGGUAAUGCAAACAGUAAAACCAGUCCCCUCGAAAACAGCAGUACAACCUCCACCUGUGUGCGCUGCCACCCCAACUGCCAAUUCCCCGACCCCAAGCAGCAGCACCACCGACAGCCUAGCUGUCCAGGAUUCUAGCUCUGACCUCAGCCAUGGCCUUGACGACUCAGACGCUGACCUAGACCAAGCUGUUUCGUACUGCAGCACCCUCACCAGCAGCACAGCGAGCGGGUCUGUGCCCGUCCAACCUGCUACGAAAAGCUUCAGCAGCAGGGUGGAGGGAUCGGAAAAGGCCAGCAGCACAGCUGCCAAAUUGAAUCAAGAGGCAACCUCGACCAGCAGCUCCAGGUCGGAGACUGAGUCGGCCAUAAACCUGAAACUGGAUGAAGUUGAGAACAACAGACACAGCACAAUGGGAACUGCUGAUCGACCGGUGCCACCCAAACCUCGUCGCUCCCCCGCCCAGGAGCCACCACAGCUUGUCUCACCCCCUACCCUGCCCCCCCCUCCCAUUGAGCCCACAGAGAGCAGCUCCCUGCAGAGUCUUACGGAGGUGGAGGAAGCAGCUCCCCAGUCUUGGCUCCACUCCAUGCAAAGCUCCACAGCCAGUUGCCCGAAACCAGAAACUGCAACACCCGAGGAGGAGACGGCAUCCUUGGGCAGCAGCAGUGGUGGCAGCAGCCUACCCGACCAGGGUUACGCUGCCUCUGAGGGCAUGGCAGAGGGCGAGGACUCAGGCAUGGUCAGCUCUCCAUCUGACACCCAGCCCACAUCCCCAGAUGGGAGUUUGUCUCUGGAUGGAAGUAGCGGAGGUGGAGCAGAGAGAAUGCUAGGACCAGUGCGGGACAAUUCCAGCGACAGCGAUGAGGGAUGUGCCACCUGGGGAUCAAGACACAGGCACGAUGACAUCAGCCCACAGGCAAAGCCAGGAAGGUUAAAAGACCAAUAUGAAGACGACCCAGAGCUCACAGCCCAGCUCCAUCAGACUCUGGCAGAUUUUGAAGCAGACCUUGCAGAUCACAUAGAUCUAGUCUCAGCAAAGGAGACCCCCUAUACCAUGUCUACAGACAGUAAUGAUGUGCCGGUGUCUGUCGUUGACAUGGAUGUGCCAGUCACAGCCAUAGAUGAAGUACUGGAGGACUAUGAACAUCACAUUGUACAACAUGAGACAAAGUCACUGAUCAGGACUGAGUCAGCUGGCAGCAAAGGUCCAGGCUUAUGUGACCAGUCAAGUUUGGAGCCACAGAACAAAAACAACAAUGCUUGUACAGCUGCUGACACUAAUAAAAGCAUCAGUACAAAUACUAAGUCUCAACCUGAGCAGCAUAGGAAGUCGCAGGAGAACAAGUCUAAAAGUGAUAAAAAGGAAGACAAGAUGCUAGAGACAAAAAUCAAAAAGGCGAGCAUCACUGACACCAACAGUGUGAAAGAGGAUAAACAAAAAGCAACAUCAGCGGCAAAAUCUAGUGUUGACAUGCAGAAAUUCAGCAAAAGAACUGAGAUCAAACCUGAACCUGUGAAAAGCAACGCACAGUCUUUUCAAGAGAAGAAGACAACCAGUCAGAGUGCAGUGUCUUCAGAAAGAAAUGAAGAGAUGAACAGACUUUACCAAAAUAACUCCAGCCAGAAUACUUCACAUGGUAAAAUCACUCGUAACGUCACAUCACGCUUCGGUAUGAAAACUUUCACUGUGGUCCCUCCCAAACCCUCUGUCUUGCACGCUGCUACAGAAGAGCCAUCUGUCAAAUUAACUAUUGGUGCCAUUAAGAUUGAUGAUCAAGGAAACAUGGUGAAAGGAGUUAUCUCCCAAAACAGAGUAGGUGGUUCAUCAGAGUCUGGAGUUAAAUCCAGUGAGGGGUCUCCUCUUCUUGGAAAAGCCAAAGCUUUUUGGAGCUCAAAUGAGAGACAAGAAAAUUCUGUGCUCCAUAGCAAAGAUCACAUUGAUAAGGCUAAAGAGAGAACAGAUGGCCCGAAAAGUACUCCCACUGUAGUCUCAGCAACUACUUUGAAGAGCAGUGACACUGAGAACCUGAAAACGGUGCAAACCUUAUUUGAUAAACAUGUAGAGAAAGCUCAGCCUAAAGACAUGGUGAAAGAAGAAAAAGAACCAGCGAGAGCCGUUAAUGUUGCGAAAGAAGAGCAGAUAGAGGUGGAGAGCAAGAUUCCAGUGUCCGAAACCAUUCAACAGCCAAGUAAUAAACCUGCCCUUCCCCCUCCUAUUCUUCCAGACCUGAAAAGAGACCUAUCCUUCCUCAAACCGUCCAGGCGAACCUCAAGCCAAUAUGUGGCGUCUGCCAUCAAUAAAUACACCCCAAAGACCUCAUUUAAACCCAACCUCACCCCAAAUGUACAUGAGUCCUCUGCUCCUAUCGGUUUCCAGAGAUCAGGUCGGUCCAUAAAAGUGAAUCCACACCAAUCCUCCCAGUCAUCUUUGUCAGAUAAUAAGGAGAAUGACUCUGCUUCUAAAUCCAACCCGCCUGGUCCUAAAAGGUCUAUGAGCUUCCCAGAGUACGUCUCAGAUGUCCAGAGAGAUUUUGGAGAAAUGAGACCAGACAGGGGAGGAUUUGGAAGUUGUGUUGGAUUCACCAAAGGAAGCUCUAAUACACUGGAAAAAGAAACAGCCAAGAAUAAGCACAUUCAGUCUAAUGGCCCCACCCAAAAAAAUGCGAUCGCCAAUAAUGACAGCGAUCAUAUUAAACAUAUUCAGCUCAGCAGCCCCAGCCCUGCACAAAGCAGUCCUCCACAUUCAUCUGCCAAACCACCCACAGCCCCCAAGACUGUAUGUCAAGAUCAGACAAGUAACACGAAGGACUUGACGAAAGACGCCACCCAUCUGACACCUGAUGCAGAACCACAACCUUCUGUCACAGUGACAGACACCGGUGUCACCCCUGGGCCUCCGCCAGUGACAUUAUUUGGGCCAGUUAAAAAGUUCAGACCAGUGAUCUCAAGAUCUGUUGAGAAAGACACAUCUCUGCAUGGCAGCCUGAUGGAGGCAAUCCAGACAGGCGCAGGCAGGGACAGGCUUAAAAAGAUAACCACUUCUGAGCCCAGAAACAUGAAGAAAGCAUCUUAUGUUGAUGAGGAGAACGAGAGGUCUGCACUUCUGGCUGCCAUUAGAGCCCAGAGCAGCUCCGGAAGACUGCGGAAGACCAAAUCUUGGGCUGCUGAUGAGCUUGAGAAGUUCAGGAAGGUGGCUUUGGAGGAGGAGAGAGGUGCAAGCACUCCCUCAUCUCCCUCUUCUCCCUCCUUAACUUGCACUUCCCCUCCUGUCUUUACCCCCCCACCACCGCCACCACCAGCACCCGUGAUUGCACCCCCACCCCCUCCCCCUGCCUUGCCCCAGGGAAAGCCUAGCACUGUGACAUAUCCAAGUGCUAACGCCCCCGUGAACCCUGCCUUGGCAAGGGAGGCUAUGCUGGAGGCCAUCCGCUCUGGAUCUGCUGCUGAGAGGCUAAAAAAGGUCGCUGUGCCCACAAAGACAGUCCAAGUGAAUGGCAGACUGGGAACAAUCCAAGCAACCUCCUCAACACUCCCUCAGCAAUAGGAGGGGAAGCCCACAUCACAGCAGCAAGGACUACAUUAACUAUCAUUAUUAUUAAUUAAUUUUAGUAUGUGUUUGCCAUUGUGCUUUUGCAGCAGACAUUUGGGAAGACUGGAGUCACAUUUGGAGUAAGUGCAAUUUGAAAGUUUUCGGGGGAACUUUAUCUAAUGCAUGACACAGAAUAAAAUGAGAAUGAUUUCUACACGCCAUCUAGACAAACUAGAUUAAAGUGUAAGAGGACUGUGGCUCUCUUAGUAGCCAAAAACCUGUAACAUCUGUUUUUAUACAGGUGUGACAGGUAAAAGUUUGCAGUUAAUUCCAUUUAUAAUAUCAGAUCUCUCAGUCAACUUCCAAUAAUAGCUUGCUGGAAAAAGUUUAUGUGCAUCUUUAUAACAUAUCGCUGUCCCUAAACAUAUCUUGCCAUCUGUACUUGAAUUCAGCAGUUUGAACUGGAAUAUUGUACUAAAUGUGUGCCAAUGAAAGCAAAUUUAAAAGGUUUAUGUUAUGUUAUUUCCUUUUUCUUUUCUUUUUUUUUAAUCUUUUAUUUUUUUUUACCACAGUUAAGUUAUGGAUGCCUUAUACUAUUGCACAGUCAGUGUUAUGUAUAUGAUGUUUGCUGUAAAAAUUCUAUAUGGGGUGCAAUAAGUUGGAUCUGAUAAUGUUUCCAGAUUUGCUACUACUUCAUUUUUGUUUAACAAAUUUAGUUAACUGAAAACUUAAGAAAAUGAUGGAUGGAUCCAUUGACAAUGUUGAUUUUUUUGUGUGUAAAAGUGUAUUUUAAUCCAGAUCUGGUCCAUAAUGCCAACUUCUACAGUUCUUGGGAUCAAGCAGGACUAAGAUGGCGGUGACUGACUCGUGCCUUUUAGCUCAAUAUACUCCUGUUUUAACUUCUAACCUUCAUUUGUGCUGCUGUAUGAAGAAUUUGUCAUACAUGGUCAGUGCAGUGCAGAAACUUGUACAGUAGCGAUAUGACUGACCGUGCCUUUGUUGUUUAACAGAAAAAUUAAGAUGAACCUUUCUUUGACAUUUCAACAUUUUUGAAGCACUGUUAUUGUAGUAUCUUAAUGGUGGAUGACACCAUGAGCAAAAAGAUUAGCUAACUAAUAAAAAAGUCACUACCAAUAUUUAAUGCCUAUAUAAUAGAAACCAUCAGCUGUAGGAAAGCUGUACUAUAGAUUAUCUAUGGCCUUGAUUUAGGCAAGUGGUAUUGCAUUCUGCUCCACUGCAGGUGAAGUUUACAAUAUGGAGUAGUUAUGGUUGAUAAAGAAAGAGUGGACCACUGUCAUUAAAUGACAUCAUUAUGGAUAAAGCAGGAUGUCCACGCUGAAUCAUCUGUAGAAUGAAGACAAACCUAGAGCAUCCAUAUUUCAGGUGUAAAUGCUUGCUGCUGUGGAUUGUGAGAUAACUCUGAAAAAGGGAGUUGAAGUUCUAGUUUAAUAGAGAUUUAUUUUCAUUCAUAUUUAGUUUCACUCAAACACACUCAAAAAAAAUCUUUUCAUUGUUGUAUGUUUUUACCCCGAGAGUGACAACCUUAAGAGCUGUCAUGAUAUUUUUCUUUUAGGAGAGAUUAUUUCAUUUCUGCUAGAUGGUUCCAUCUACACGCAAUAGCCUGCAGCACGUUGUAGCAUUGUAUAUUUUGUAAACUAAAGAUCAUCGCCUUUAAAGAUUUGAUUGAAAUCUUUGAUAGAGAGCUACGUAUUUCACUGAUAGUGUGAACAUUUUAUAAGCUAUUGCUUUUUAAGUUUUAAGUGCACAUUAUUUUUUGGGGGGAAGGUUGCACAGUUUUUUCUUUUGUCUACCCUAAUUUUGAUUCAAUAAAUAAUUUUGCAAUCAAGUGA